AUGGUUAAAGUAAAAGAUUUGGUGUCUCAAUUCGAAGUGGAUGGCAGUGAGCCCAAGACAUUUCGUCGAAAGGUGAUCAUUAAUCCUCGGGGUAAAGUGGACAGUUUCAUACCAAAGUCGGCGGAAAAGGAUCUACAUACGAAGUUUGCGUCUCCCACUGAACCAAAGGAAUUAAAACAGUUAACGAAUAGCAAUUUUGAGAGGCUAGUUAGUGCUAAAAAGGAGAAAGUUAAGGAGCACGCUGUAAAGAAUGACGUUCAAGAGUUCAUGAAGAGGGCGAUUGAGGCAAGAGAGGAACAAUUUGAGUCUGUGUUAGCAUCGCUAGAAAGAAUGAAGCGAGGCGAGUUUGCUGCUGUGAAGUCUCUGUCCAACAAAGAGACUCAGAAUAAGGUGGAUGACAUAGCAAACAAUGAAAAGCGCAAAUCAGAUCUGUUUGAAGCUUCGAGCGGAAAGAUUAACAAACUGAAACUUGAAGAUGCAAUAAGUAUUCAGAAACUACAUGAAUUGGAGAAUCUUCAAAAUUUCAAAUCCAAUGGAAGCGUCGAUUGUCUACUCGAGACCUCAAGCCCAGCUCUCGAGGAGAACGAAAGAUCAGAUCAGAAAUCAGAUGGGAUUCAAACUCCAGCUCAGACUCCAGUUCAGAUUCCGAUACAGACUGCAGCUCAUGUUCCAACUGGGACUUCCCUUGAGUCAUUAGAAAAAUGUCCACUCAAAUCGCCUUGUCAAGUUUCCAUCGAUGAAAGUGAGAUUUACUAUGACUCUCAGGCCCAUUCCAGCACUGUUGACCCACUUCCGGAGUUGGAAGAGCCGUUCGAUGAAACACUUCCACUAUUUAUCAUGAAGAAUGAUUGCAGAAGCUCGGGUGAAAGCAGUAUCAGAAGUCUUAACCUGCCAAUGAGUAAUUUGAAGCAGAAGAAUCCCAAUCUACAAGUGACAACUCCAGCCACCGAGUACUUCAGUGAUGCUGGAAGAGAGGAAGAGAGCUGUGCAGAAGUACCAAAGAUGAAGGAAAUAAAGCCACCAUCUGAGUUUUCCAAAGAGAAAGUGGUGGAUAAUACAAGCAAAUACACAUUUGGUUUGGAUUUAAAAGAGGGCACAAUUACACCCAGAUCUUCUCGAAGACUGAGCAGCAAUUCAAAGCACUUGCACAGUGACUCAAAUCUGAACUCGAUAGAUAAAUUCAGUUGCCAGAAGAAUUCAAUGAGAGAUUCAAUCACUGAUUCAGCAAGAAAUUUCAGUUUAAGCACCCCCAAAAGGGAAGUUGCCAAAAGUCAGGGUAUGCCCAAGCUUAAGGCGCAGAAGUUGAGAGAAAGUUCACCAGGAAUUGUACAACCGGGAUCUUUCAGAUUGGGAUCCCCGACAAUGAAAGCAUUUUCGAAGUCUGCAUCUUCCAGUAUCGUCCCUUCUCCUGAUCUGUUGAGAGUAACACAGAAACAGAACGAGGUGAAUCUCACAACCGCAGGUCCGGAAAGUGAAAUUAAUGAUGGAGGAAUGGAAGGCAAAACGAAUGCGAAAUUGGAUCAGCAUAUUGAAAGUUUCAUUUUGGAUAGAGGUCAGCGGAAUGAAAUUGACCAGAAAGAUGAAGCGGAUAUGUCGGUCGAUGUCAGGGUCCUUCUUAACAAGCAAAACGAAAGUCACCAAAACAUUGGCAAGGUUGAGACAAAUUUGAUCAAAAACAGUGAUAAGGUUGUUCUCAAGUCUGAAUCGCUAGAGAAAGUGCACAGAUUUAUUAUUCCUAGUCUUCCAUCAGGGUCACAAGAACAGCUAAUCAAGUUUUAUCACACCAAAUCUGGUCAGUACAAGAACCCAAUCAGUACAGCUGACAGGUCCACACCUGAAUUCAUUCAAGCAGAAAGCUCUAGAAAAUACAGCUCUUCGGCCACGACUCGCUCCACCACUUGGAACCCGAAUGCUUCAAUGGAGAUGGCCAGAAAGUCUCUUGGAGACAAGGACCAACAUUCGUCUGGAUUCAUUACUCCAGACGCCCACAGUGGAAGGUAUCCUACCUUCAAACAUCCCUAUAACCAGAUGGCAAAGACUUCUGAAGAAGUUUCUAAAGGGACUCGAAGGUUCUCGUUCAGAUUGAAGCUGCUUUUUGCACGAAGGUCUCAGAAGUCCAGUAAGAAAGAUUCAAGAGACAAUGCGAGAGAAGCAGGAAAAGCAUCGGUUCCUACCGAGAUCGACGUGCCGUUGACACUCCCACCUUUAAUUGCACGACCCGCCGUUGUUGCACUUUCCACAUCGGCUCCUCCACUAACCUCCAUGGACGAGUCUUACCAUGAGUAUAUUGAGCAACUGAAACGAGACGGUCGAGCCAUCUCGCCGCGGGGCUUUCUGCUGUACCUUGCGAGUAAUCAGGAUGGUUCUGAAUGGGACGAAUAUCUUCAUACGUUUGCCAAUUACAUUGAGAGUCGAUUUGCUAUGGCAACCUCAAUUUGA